CCAGGGAGAGAUGUUUUUGGUGGGACUGACGGGUGGGAUCGCAUCUGGGAAAAGCACUGCAGUCGCUGUGCUACAGGAGCUGGGCUGCGCUGUCAUCGAUGCGGAUGUUAUCGCCCGACAAGUGGUCCAGCCAGGCCUCUCGGCCUACCAGCGCGUCGUGCGUGCUUUUGGUCCCGAAAUCCUCACGGAGAGUGGCGAUAUCGAUCGUGAAGCUCUGGGGGGCAUAGUUUUCUCCCAGCCAGAGAAACGCCAGCUGCUGAAUUCCAUCACUCACCCUGAAAUCCUGAAGGAGAUGUUGAAACAAAUCUUGAAAUACUUUGUGCUUGGCUACCGGUAUGUGAUCCUGGAUAUCCCUUUGCUUUUCGAAACCCACACGCUGACCAGGUUCAUGAAACACACCGUUCUUGUGUACUGUGACCCACAAACCCAGCUGUCUCGCCUGAUGCGCAGGAACGGGCUGACCCAGGCGGAAGCAGAAGCGCGGAUCGCCGCCCAGCUGCCGCUUGACCAGAAAGUCAGGAUGGCCGACCACGUCAUUGACAACUCAGGCAGCCUGGAAGCCACAAAGAGGCAGAUCCUGAAGCUUCACUCGUCGCUGGAGGACUCCUUGGACUUUGUUUGGGUGCGCUUGGUGGCCGUCACAGCCGUGGCGGGGGUCAGUGGCCUCGUGUAUUUCCUUCUGCGGAGGCUUGUGUCUUAAUUUGCCUGGGAAGGGGUGCUUGGAAUAUGGAGCUAAAACUUUGCAGAUUGGAACCAUCUGCUGUGGGAAAAGUUGCAGAAACCCACCGCCGGGAGUCAGUGUUGCAACCUGACUGGUGAGGGCCAGGUUUUUGGUGAAACGCAUCUCAGGUGCACAAAUCUCUCUGAAAUUUUGAUGUGAUGCUACGUCCACCCCUGCAUGGCUUUCCCUUCAAGGCACUGGGCACAUGGUGAGAUCGGCCACUGACUGGGUAUUUUGUUGCCCUGAAUAAGGGGUGCCAGUCCCCUCCUGGGGUCUGACUUCUGCCCACUGUUUUCUGUGCCACAGAUGACUAGGACUGAGCCCUGGGGUCUUGACACUCCUUCAGUGUGCUCCCCCCCCCCCCACCAUCAUUUCCACAGCUCACCCUGAGCCCAAGUAUUGGGUAAUGACCACACUGUGGAUAACUUUGUGCUAUGGAUCUCCACAAAGUGACCAAUAUGAAUUCUCUCUGCACUGUGAGAAUUGGGGGAAGGGUAGUCAAAUUAAAUGGGGAAAUAUCUUUCCUGUGCCUUGAGGGAUUCUCUGUCAAGAGAGCAACAGAAGCUGGGGAGCAUUGGGCUGUGUUUAGAGUUUUGCACAACGCACCAUUUUAACAUCUUUAUUGAUCAGCCAUACGAUCCAGCUAUUAAUACUACAUUCUUCUAAUACAAUCCUUGCAGGUAUGGUC